CAUGUCACCAUUUGGAUAACCCGGUCAAAAUUUAUUACAUAACAAUUUGCCAUCAUGUUAAAUCCUAUUAUUCAUAUACAUAACACAACAAAACAGCAAGAAUGAUUGCGGCAACUUAUAAUUGUGGCUGUCCAUCAAAACUGUUUACCGUGAGUCUUGGACCAAUCGGAUUACAAGCAUCUUGUCCAUCUUGUUAUUUUCAACCACACGGCACUCUGUACCAUUUACCAAAACAAACAACACAAUGUUGUAUACAUUCCAAAAUUAUUAAAAAACCAAAACAUAUCUAUACAAUAAAAACGAAGCUUGUUACUGCAUCAAUUGUAAAAGUUUUCCUCAUAUAUCGUUAUGUUCACAGAAAAUUCCUUUCGUACACUUAUCAUCAGUCCCUCCACAAUAUCCUUGUUAUUGCGCUGUAGAUGCAUUUAAAAUGUAUUCGACCCCUUCACGCAGGCUAGUCCCAUCGAAAGAAAGCAUGAAGAAGCAGUUUCUAGCAGAAGUAAAUCAAAAAUGAAAAACCCUGGAGAGAAGAUGUCCAAGGAGCAAAAUCCAACUGACACAAUUGUAUCUGAGAUUGUUAGAAAGAAACAGCCACACAAGGAGAUCGAAGCUAUCAUCAAUGACAAUCGUGUCAUCAUCAGGAUGCACAAGGAGACGAUCAGAGAGGAGUACGAUCCUCUGUGCGAAUGCAUUGAUCAAGUAGUUUCAAAAGAGUCGGCGUUGAAUCAAGGAAAGUGCGAUGACGGCUUUGUAUUCGAUAUGGCUCAUGGAAAUUUGGAACUCUGUCGUACUCCUCGAGAGGAUGUGUCUGUGCCAUCAACAAAGAAAACCUGCGAGGAAGUAGGAUGUCACACGAUCACGUUAUAUCCAAAUGUAAAAGGCGAUAGCAAGAGUGCUCCUUAUCGAAAGUCAAAGAUGGUAGAACCAAUCGAUCUUGAAGAAAAUCCAAAUAUAUUCUUGUUGAGAAUUAGAAAUAGGAAACAUUGUGAUAGUGACGAUAAAAAACAGACAAUCGAUCUUGAGUUCCGAGCACCACGUCCAUGGCUACCAAGGAAGAAGAAGGCUCUUCUUAAACCUGAGACAUUAAAGGAACAUGAAGAUGAUAUUGACAAGGAAUAUAAAGAUCAUAUCGACAAGGAACAUAAAGAUGCCGAGGAGCAUAAAGAUGAAGAGCAGCAUAAAAGAUGACAUUGACUAAAUAAUUGAUGCUCACGAACAGAAUAACAAAUAAAAAAAUAUUAAUUUUACAAUAAAAUGCCAAAAUACUUUUAA